CAUUGAUAGGUGGCAUUGACUGGCACUGAUGGGUGACACUGAAAGGCAGCUCAGAUGGGCACUGAUAUGUGGCAUUGAUGUGCACUGGUAGGCACUGAUAUGUGGCAUUGAUGUGGCACUGAUGUGCACUGGCAUGAGGCACUGAUGAGCACUGACACAAGGCAUUGAUGGACACUGACAGGUGGCCCUGCUGGAGCUACACUGAUCAUCAGGGCACACUGAUCAUCAGUGCCCUGAUGAUCACUGUCAGCGUGACAGCACGAGAGGAGAGAAAUGCCGAUAACCGGCAUUUCCCUGUUUACAUGUGAUCAGCUGUGAUUGG